CCGAUAAAUUAGAGACGUUCACUAGCUUCCCGUUUCCUUCAUCACUACACUUUCUCUCUUCUCUUUCUUGAACCAGUAACUGAUCGUUGAACUCUUACUGUUCUGUACGGACGCAGAGAAAGAGUGGGUGUAUCUUUUGUGAGAAACAAGAGUGCGGUCUAGCCUAGUCGUUUAGUCUAGUCUAGUUUAGUCUAGAGAGAGAAAGAGGAAAUGGAGAAAAAGGUCGUAGUGGUGUGCUCGCUUGCGGCGUUUCUAGGGCUACUCUCUGCUGCUUUGGGUUUUGUUGCAGAGGCCAAGAGGAUAAAGGGUUAUCAGGUUCAAUAUACCUCUCCUCCUGACUGUGUAUACCCCAGGAGUCCAGCUAUGGCCCUUGGAUUAACUGCGGCUGCGGCUCUUAUGAUUUCUCAAAUUAUGAUCAAUGUUGCAACUGAUUGCAUUUGUUGUGGAAGAGGUCCUCAUCAACCAAACACUAAAUGGACACUAGCAGUGGUCUGCUGUGUUGUCUCCUGGAUCACAUUUGUUGUAGCAUUCCUGCUGCUGCUAACCGGUGCGGCACUCAAUGAUCAACAUGGCGAAGAGAACAUGUACUUUGGAAACUAUGAUUGCUUUGUUGUAAAGCCUGGUGUCUUUGCAGGAGCUGCUGUCUUGUCCCUUGCGAGUGUUCUUCUCGGAAUUCUCUACUACCUCACCUUGACUUCAGCAAAGAACAUAAAUGAUCCACGGGGUGGACCUGCUACUCCUAAUCCAUCUAGCAUUGCCAUGGGACAACCCCAAUUCCCACCGCAGAACACCCAAAAUCCAGUUUUUGUGCAUGAAGAUACCUUUAUGAGGCGACAAUUCACUUGAUCACUUGUAAUUGUACGGCAACAUACUUGGAUCAGUCUCAGAAGCUACCACAUUGAUAAAAAAGGAUAUUUGUUUUAGGGUCAUUGAGUUGGGGGCGGCUCGUUGUCAAUGAAAUCCGCCUCGCAUGUUGGCCUCUGUAGAAUUGUAGUUCUUACUCCCCCAUCCCAGUGUUUUAUAGAUGGAAUGUCAAAGUCUUAAAUGUUACAUCCUUUUGAGCCAUAAACAACUCAAAUGUUCACUGUAAUGGUGGUGUACAUUAG